CGGAGGUAAAAAGGUGUUGUUGGCAUUAAAAGAAAUAUGGCGUCCAUCUAUGAUAAACAAGACGAAUCAACAUUUACAGUUUUACCCAAACAAUCUGGCGGGGGACCACAUGGACUUGGUGAUCCAAACGAUCGUACAUUACGUAAAGUUGAAGUUGAGGUAAUGAUACCGAAAUUAAUGCGAGAUCGUGCUAAAGAAACUAAAUGUGUUGAUGAAGUUAAAGCUUUCACGGAAUGUUGCAAAAGUUCGAGUAUUUUAAUGGUUGUGAAAUGUCGUGCACAAAAUUCAGCGUUAAAGGAUUGUCUAGCGAAUUGGUAUAAGGAUGAAGGAUUCAAAAAGGAAUGUACCGAAGAGUAUUUAUCAUUACGUAGUGAAUUUCGACGUACAGGAAUACCGAUUAAACGGCGUGUCACAAAAAUCCAAUCAUCUAUGUAAGUCGAAGAUCGAAGUACAUUUUCCUAUUUUUUAUUUUCUGCUAGUCCAAUGAACGGAUAGAAUACGGUAGCUGUCCUGAUAGCGAUUUCAAAAUAUAUUUCGUUAAAAUUUGAAAAUGCGCGAGAAAAUAUUAGUAAUUAAAUAACUUUUUCUAUCUUUUUCUUGCAAAGUAACUUUUAAUAUGUAAUAGUAUGGCAGUAGCAAGUUAUGACGUCACAACGUGCUAUUUUCUUCUCUAUUUAUACAUUUUAAAUCCUUCAUAUUUUCGUAGUUUUUGAUAUUAUCAAAAAAUCGAACGAAAACGAACGUCAAUGUUUAUUCCUCUCGUAAAAAAUCGAUAAAUUA